UUGACGUGUAGUCUUCCCCAAAUACAUUCCUUUCUCCUCGCUCGCUCCCCCUUACAAUUUCUCUGCAAAUAUCCACAACACAAUUCUUUUCUUUCAUUUUUCCACACAUAAUUAGCUUCACACCUUAAUAUGCAGACAUAUAUAUACACAGACAGAUAAACAGUCUAAGACGUGCAAGAGAAAAAGCUAAAAAAACAAUUUUUUCUAUACCAACCAGCUUUGACUUUUGUAUUUCAUCAAAGUUUGCAAAGUUCUGAAGAAAGAAGUUGUGUUUUGUUAGCAAUUCUUGAAUGGAAUUAUCAUGUUCUUCGCCAUUGUCGGUUAACUCCACUGUUUCCAGAUUGUACCCGCCGCUUCGUUGUCGUCUUUCGUUUUACGGUCGCCGGAAAACCACCCAGUAUGUGGGCUCUCUUCUUCGCCACUGCCCUUCUUCCCGUUCCACGGCGGCAGCUCCGGGAAUCUCUUCCUCGUCCCUUUUCGGGGUCUCGGUUUCGCACCGGCCCUGCGCCUCGUUCCGCCGGAAAGUGAAGCGAUCUCUGCGUAUUGUCUGUGGGGUGUUCGAGAGAUUUACUGAGAGAGCAAUCAAAGCAGUGAUGUUCUCUCAGAGGGAAGCCAAGGCUUUGGGGAAGGACAUGGUGUUCACGGAGCAUCUUUUGCUAGGACUGAUCGCCGAGGAUCGUGGGCCCGGCGGGUUUUUGGGGUCUGGAAUCACCAUUGAAAAGGCCCGGGAAGCUGUUGUGAGCAUUUGGAAUGAUGGGGAGAAUGUGAAAGUUGGUUUUGAAGAUUCUGGCUCGGCAACCUCAGCCACAGAUGUGGCGUUUUCCGCUAGUGCCAAGCUUGUGUUUGAGGCUGCCGUGGAGUAUUCAAGGACUAUGGGCUAUAAUUUUAUUGCUCCAGAGCACAUUGCCAUUGGACUGUUCACUGUUGAUGAUGGCAAUGCUGCUCGUGUUCUCAAGAGAUUAGGGGCAAAUGCAAAUCAUUUGGCAGCUGUUGCAGUCUCCAGACUUCAAGGGGAGCUUGCAAAAGAUGGUAGAGAGCCACCUGCACUCAAAAGAUCACGUGACAAAUCAUUUACUGGGAAAAUAACAAUUGACAAAUCUACUGAGAAAACUAGAGAGAAACGUGCCUUGGAACAAUUCUGUGUGAAUCUUUCUGUCCGUGCUAGUGAAGGACGAAUUGAUCCAGUAAUUGGCCGAGACACUGAAAUUCAGAGAGUUGUUCAAAUACUCUGCCGAAGAACAAAAAACAAUCCAAUUCUUCUUGGCCAAGCUGGGGUUGGGAAAACAGCGAUUGCUGAAGGACUGGCAAUAAAUAUUGCAGAAGGAAAUGUUCCUUCUUUCCUGUCGAAAAAGUGCAUAAUGUCCUUGGACAUUGGGCUAUUGAUCGCAGGCGCGAAGGAGAGGGGUGAAUUGGAGGCGCGUGUGACUACAUUAAUUAAGGAGGUUAAGAAGUCAGGCAAUAUCAUUCUUUUCAUCGAUGAGGUCCAUACACUUAUUGGUUCGGGCACAGUUGGGCGAGGAAGUAGGGGUUCUGGACUUGACAUUGCUAAUCUGUUAAAGCCACCACUUGGACGUGGUGAAUUACAGUGUAUUGCGUCUACAACGAUGGAUGAAUACAGAUUACACUUCGAAAAGGACAAAGCACUCGCUAGGAGGUUUCAGCCUGUAAUGAUUAAUGAACCAAGCCAGGAGGAUGCUGUCCAGAUACUGCUAGGGCUGCGCGAGAAAUAUGAGGCCUAUCAUAAGUGUAAAUAUACAUUUGAGGCCAUAACUGCAGCUGUGCAACUGUCAGCUAGAUAUAUUCCGGAUAGGUAUCUUCCAGACAAGGCUAUUGAUCUUAUUGAUGAGGCCGGGAGCAAAGCUCGAAUGGAAGCUAAUAAAAGAAAGAAGGAACAGCUGACUUCCAUACUUACAAAGCCACCAAGUGAUUACUGGCAAGAAAUCAGAGCUGUUCAGGCAAUGCAUGAAGUGAUCCUUAGAAGUAAACUCAGUGAAAAUGAUGAUGCAUCCCAGUUUGAAGGGGAUAAUAAAGUCAAUGUGGAACAUUAUAUGACCUCUGCAAAUAAAGAUGAUGAACCUUCUAUAGUUGGACUUGAGGAAAUAGCUGCUGUCGCUUCACUCUCGUCGGGGAUUCCUCUUCAGCAGCUUAGGGUUGAUGAAAGAAUGCUUCUGAUGAGUCUUGAUGAACAACUCAGAAAGAGGGUUGUUGGUCAGGAUGAGGCUAUUAGUGCCAUUUCUCGGGCCAUUAAGCGAUCCCGAGUUGGCUUGAAGGACCCAAAGAGACCAAUUGCUGCAAUGCUCUUCUGUGGUCCCACUGGAGUAGGCAAAAGUGAACUUGCAAAAGCAUUGGCGGCAACUUAUUUUGGUUCGGAGUCUGCCAUGUUGAGAUUGGACAUGAGUGAAUACAUGGAAAGGCAUACCAUAAGCAAGUUAAUUGGGUCGCCCCCCGGUUACAUAGGAUAUGGAGAUGGAGGCACUUUGACUGAAGCCAUCAGAAAAACGCCUUUCACAGUUGUGCUACUAGAUGAGAUAGAAAAGGCACACCCUGAUGUGUUCAAUAUUCUCCUUCAGCUAUUUGAAGACGGCCACCUCACAGAUUCUCAGGGACGAAGAGUAUCAUUUAAGAACGCCCUUAUACUCAUGACUUCUAAUAUCGGUUCCCCUGCCAUUGUAAAGGGGAGAAGGAAUGCAAUCGGUUUCUUGCUUGCAGAUGAUGAAUCGACCUCGUAUGCUGGAAUGAAAGCAUUGGUGAUGGAAGAGCUGAAGGCAUACUUCCGGCCCGAGCUACUAAACAGAUUAGACGAAGUAGUAGUGUUCCGUCCACUCGAGAAGCCUCAGAUGCUGGAGAUACUAAACAUUAUGCUGAAAGAGCUGAAGGCUAGGCUUGUUUCCAUGGGAAUAGAGUUGGAGGUAUCAGAAGCAAUUACAGAUCUGAUCUGCCAACAAGGAUUCGACAGAAACUAUGGCGCUCGCCCUCUCAGGAGGGCGAUCACGCACAUAAUUGAAGAUCGGUUGAGUGAAUCAUUGCUUUCUGGGGAUUUCAUGUCCGGAGAUGUUGCCGUAAUCCAGUUAGAUGAUUCGGGGAAUCCAGUCGUGACCAAUCGAUCUAACCGGACUAUCCGUCUGUCUGAUACAAGCUCAAUGGCUUAAGUGUAUAAUGUAACUGGACCUGUAAAUCUGGGUAAAUUCCACUUAGUGUAGGUAACUAAUUCGAUUAUGUACAGAAGAUGAGACAAAUGUAAAACCCCUCCCUUGUACAGAUGAUAAUUGAAUGUUCUGUUAAUUCCAAAAUCAAGACAAUGAGUUUCA